CCUGACUGACACACAGAGGAAUCUCGGGGGAGACUUUUACUUUGAAACUGGGAAGCGUUUUCCCACUCCUGGACACAGACAUGCGCUGGAAAAGUGAAGUCAAAGUAGAGUGCUGCGUUGUUAGCGAGAACGAAAACGACUCUCUGUUGUCCAACGAUGAGGGAGCGCCGGUGGAAGUUUUGGAUGAAGAGGCGUCGUCGCUGCAGGCGAUGGCAUCCGCACCUCUGCUGGGCAGAACAGUGUGUGCGAGCUGCAACGAGGAAAUUGUGGAUAAAUAUUUAUUAAAGGUUAACGACUUGUGCUGGCAUGUGCGCUGUCUCUCCUGCAGCGUGUGCCAGACUUCACUUGGCAGCCACACCAGCUGUUACAUCAAAGAAAAAGAGGUUUUCUGCAAACUGGAUUACUUUAGAAGAUACGGCACCUGGUGCGCGUGCUGCGGCAGGAACAUCCACUCCACGGACUGGGUUCGCCGGGCGAAGGGGAACGUGUAUCACCUGGCCUGCUUCGCCUGCUUCUCCUGCAAGAGGCAGCUGUCCACCGGGGAGGAGUUCGCCCUGGUGGAGGAGAAGGUGCUCUGCAGGGUCCACUAUGACUGCAUGCUGGACAACCUCAAGCGGGCCGUGGAGAAAGGAAACAGUGUUAACAUGGAGGGGGCUGUGCCCACUGAGCAGGAGAUUAAUCAGCCAAAACCCUCAAAGAGAGCUCGGACCAGCUUCACUGCCGACCAGCUGCAGGUGAUGCAGGCUCAGUUUGCUCAGGACAACAACCCAGACGCCCAAACACUGCAGAAGCUGGCAGAGCAGACGGGCCUCAGUCGAAGAGUCAUACAGGUCUGGUUCCAGAACUGCCGAGCUCGCCACAAGAAGCAUGUGAGCCCCAACCACUCCUCCAGCACCCCCAUGACCUCACUGCAGACCAGCCGCCUGUCCCAGCCCACCCCUACCCCGGAGGAGCUGCAGUACACAGCCUACGGAGGCCCGGAGGGGUCAAUGCUCUCCGCACUUCACUCCUUCAUAGACAUGCACCCCCCUCCAUCCAUGUUUCAACCGCUGCUGCCAGCCCACGCCAUGACCUCCCUGCCUGUGUCUCAUGCCUGAGGAGCACACACUCAAACCCACACCCACACAGCAGCCUCAGACUUCACCAGCGAUCAUCCCUCAUUAGCCGCAGUAUUCAGAAUUCCAUGGUAAAUAUACUUUCACUUUCAGUGAACCACAAAACCCUUCCUUUUCUUAAACCGCAAGUAG